GUGGCGAAGACGGAAGGCGGAAGCAGAGCGUGAGCGGGAGGCGGAGCCGGGGGAGCUGCUCUCGUAGCUCCCCCUGGCCCCUGGCUCAGCUGUUCGAGGGGGAGGAGUUACCGCCGCACUUCGGCAUCAGAACCUCCCAUGAUGGCUGUCACCUAAAACCCUCAGGAAGCCCCGGGGUCAUGGCCCAGAAGCACCCCGGAGGAAGAGGGUUGUGUGGAGCCCACCACAGUGGUGGUGCUUCCCUCAGGACUUUCGGACCCUCCGUGGAACCUGACAUACUUUCAUUCUCAGGACCCAGGGACUCAGCGGGAACUACCCUUAAUGGUACCCGCUGCCUCACGGAGCAAUCAGAUCCUAAGUACACACAGCCUCCAAACCCAGCCCACUGGUCAGAUCCAAGCCAUGGCCCCCCAAGGGGUCCAGGACCCCCCAGGGAUGGAGAGGAUCCUGAUCAGAGUGAGAUAUCUUCAGAAGAACAGUCAGGAAUGGACCAGGAACUCUCAAGAGAGAAUGAGGCUGGGUACCAGGAGGAUGGGAACCCUUCUUUUCUUUCCAUUCCACCUACUUGCAACUGCCAGAGAACCCCUGGAAUCCCUGAAGGUCUUUACUCUGAGGGAGGAGAUAGCUCUUCUAGCAACUUUUGCCAUCACUGUACCUCUCCAGCCUUGGGGGAGGAAGAAGAGUUGGAAGAGGAAUAUGAUGAGGAGGAACCUCUUAAGUUCUCCAGUGAUUUUUCACGUGUGCCCAGUGGAAAGAAACCUCCACCCCGGAGACAGCGGCACCGUUUUCCAACCAAGGAGGAUACUCGAGAGACUGGACGCAGAGAUCCCCGGUCCCCUGGGCGACAUCGGCUGGGCAGAAAACGAAGUCAGGCAGAUAGGCGUAGAGGCCUGGGAUUGUGGGGAGCAGAGGAACUAUGUCAGCUUGGACAGGCAGGCUUCUGGUGGCUGAUUGAACUGCUGGUAUUGGUGGGAGAGUAUGUGGAAACUUGUGGGCAUCUCAUCUAUGCAUGCAGGCAGCUGAAAGGCAGUGAUUUGGACCUUUUUCGAGUCUGGGUGGGAGUCUGGGCUGGGCGGCUGGGGGGCUGGGCCCAGGUGAUGUUCCAGUUUCUGAGCCAGGGGUUUUGCUAUGGGAUAGGGCUGCUCACCCGUUUUCUUAGGCUAGUGGGUGCUUUGCUGCUUCUGGCUCUUGCCCUCUUAUUGGGCUGUCUACAGUUGGGCUGGCAGUUUCUGGUAGGACUAGGUGACCGGUUAGGCUGGAGGGGUAAGGCUACCUGGCUGUUCUCUCGGCUGGAUUCUCCUGCCUUGCAGCGUUGCCUGACUCUGCUGAGAGAUAGCAGGCCAUGGCAGCAGCUGGUAAGAAUGGUUCAGUGGGGUUGGCUGGAGUUGCCUUGGGUCAAGCAGAGGACUAACAGGCAAGGGAAUGCACAUGUAGCUAGCGGGCGCUACUGCCAGCCUGAAGAGGAAGUGGCUCGACUCUUGACCAUGGCUGGGGUUCCUGAGGAUGAGCUAAACCCUUUCCACGUGCUAGGGGUUGAAGCCACAGCAUCAGAUGUUGAAAUGAAGAAGGCCUAUAGGCAGCUGGCAGUGAUGGUUCAUCCUGACAAAAAUCAUCAUCCCCAGGCUGAGGAGGCCUUCAAGGUUUUGCGGGCAGCCUGGGACAUUGUUAGCAACCCUGAAAAGCGGAAGGAAUAUGAGAUGAAACGAAUGGCAGAGAAUGAGCUGAGCCGGUCAGUGAAUGAGUUUCUCUCCAAGCUGCAGGAUGACCUCAAAGAGGCAAUGAAUACUAUGAUGUGCAGCCGAUGCCAGGGAAAACACAGGAGGUUUGAAAUGGACCGGGAGCCUAAGUGUGCCAGAUACUGUGCUGAGUGUAAUAGGUUGCAUCCUGCUGAGGAAGGAGACUUUUGGGCAGAGUCAAGCAUGUUAGGCCUCAAGAUCACCUACUUUGCGCUGAUGGAUGGAAAGGUGUAUGACAUCACAGAGUGGGCUGGAUGCCAGCGUGUGGGAAUUUCCCCAGAUACCCACAGAGUCCCCUAUCACAUCUCAUUUGGUUCUCGGGUCCCAGGAACCAGUGGGAGGCAGAGAGCCACCCCGGAUACCCCUCCUGCUGACCUUCAGGAUUUCUUGAGCCGGAUCUUUCAAGUACCCCCAGGCCAGAUGUCCAAUGGGAACUUCUUUGCAGCUCCUCAGUCUAGCCCUGGGACCACCACAGCCUCCAAGCCCAACAGCACAGUACCCAAGGGAGAAGCCAAACCGAAGCGGCGGAAGAAAGUGAGGAGGCCCUUCCAACGUUGACACCCCUUCUCUUCUUUCCUCAAAUCAAUGUCAGGGAGUCAAAAGGGCUGUGUACAGCACAGGAUGGAGUUUGAUUUGUUUAUUUUUUAAAUAUUUAAAAAAGGGAAAAUUUUAAGCUCAAAUUCUUCACUGAGUACUUAUAGGAAGCCCCUGAACCACUCUCCCUUCUCCCCCAGUACCCAGAACUGAAUCUUGUCUUCUGACAAUACCAAAGA